CUGCCCAGACGCCUGCAGAUCCACCAUGGGCGAUCCGUUACCAUGGCAGACAGGGUAUCGCUAGCCCCGCCCUGGCCAUAUCGGAAAUCGGAGACUUCGCAUGGUCGCUGUCAUUCAGAGCUCAUGGAGUCGUCUUACUCGUCAGCCCUCGCUCGCCCGACCUGCAGCCACACCCACUUCUCAGGUACCCACCAUUGUUUUCUCCUCUAGCUUCAACACCCCGGUCCAAGCAUUUACAGUCUGUUCGCCGGCGUGGCUUGUGAACUACUUCCUUUUUGCUUCCCACACUGCCCGAUGCUCUCCCAAUGUAGCGUCUCUGCAUCACUUCCCGCCCACCUCUCCUCCUGCCCUCAUCCAGCCUGGCUGCCAUCGCAUCGCCGACCACACCACCCCCACAUGCACCCUGGUGAGCAUCUUCGGCAGAAGUGAACUGACGUCGAGCUCACACGGGCGCCAUUGCUCCUCUCCUCUCGACUCUUAUAAUAGAGCCUUUCUGUCUUCUCUACCCGUGGGCAAGUGCAUGCGAUUACAAAUUUACCAUCCGUCGCACUUUCUGUCUGGUCUCGGACCGAACGCUUCAUUCGUCUCUGCAUGUACUCCCGCUCGCCCAGUGCGCUCCAAGACACUGUAUCGUGAAGAACGCCAGCGUACGUUUAGGCCGUUGAGCUACCGCAACGCAGACGUUAGAUUGUUUGAGACCAUCUCCUAGCCCGGCCUCUACUCCGUCCGACUCGUUGGAACACUGAUCUGUUUGCAAGGACUACCCUUCAAACAUCUCACGCAUAAGCGUCGCCUCACCACCAGCCCAUCGCUCACAGGGUUCUCCACGCCUGCAGUUACCGGACAAUUUCGCUGUCAUCUAGUGGCUACGUGUUUAGCUGAUCCACACUACGCACACAUUUUCUCCAACAUUACCGCAUCGGGAGGACCAAUCCCGGACCUCAGAGCAUUGCAUUGCAGUCAUCUUCCUGCAGCUAAAGCGAGGAUAUCCUGGUGGCCGGCCGAGGCUCUUGCGCGAGCUUCUUUUCCUGCAUCAUUGGGCUCCAUUGGCCGCUCGUC